UUCGCAAACCAGACUCUAAUAAAAAGGCAAAGCCAAAGCAAGGAUUUUGCCUCUCCACUUAAAACCGAGAAAAGACGGAAAGCAAAAACAAGAAGUGACAGAAAAUCUUGCAGAUCAGAAAUGGUUAGGGUUUUGGAAAUCUGAAUCCUCAAUCACAUUCUUUCCAAAACCAACCAUUAUCAUUCUCUCACUCCUUUAUAAUGGCGACGCCAUUUCCGAGCGGUGUUGGUGGUGGAGGCGUGGCUGUAAUGGCGGGUCCGGUGAGCUCUCUCGAUCCUUCGCCGUCGAACAACUGCUUGCGUGACUCUUCGCUUGAGUCCCCAAUCUUAAUCUUCUUGCUCUUCCACAAGGCCGUACGCGCCGAGCUCGACGGCCUCCAACGCGCCGCAGCGGCACUCGCCACCGGCCGAGAAAGCGGCGCCGAUGUUAAGCCCUUGUUCGAGCGCUUCCGCUUCCUUCGCGCAAUCUAUAAGCAUCAUUGCAAUGCAGAGGAUGAGGUCAUCUUUCCUGCACUGGAUAUACGUGUGAAAAAUGUAGCUCGAACUUAUUCCCUCGAGCAUAAGGGGGAAAGUGUACUUUUUGAUCUGCUGUUCGAGCUGUUAAACUCAGAUAUGGUAAACAAAGACAGCUUUUGGAGGGAAUUAGCCUCUUGUACUGAAGCACUUCAAACAUCGAUUAGCCAACAUUUGUCUAAGGAAGAGGAACAGGUCCUCCCAUUGCUCAUUGAAAAAUUUUCAUUUGAAGAACAGACCUCCUUGGUCUGGCAGUUCCUGUGCAGUAUUCCUGUUAAUAUGAUGGCAGAAUUUCUUCCAUGGCUUUCUUCUUCUAUAUCGUCUGAUGAACAUCAAGAUAUGUGCAAGUGGUUGGGCAAGGUAGUACCAGAAGAGAAGCUUUUGCAACAGGUCGUGUUCUCGUGGAUGGGAGGUAUAAAAAUGCCUGAUACAAGUGAAACUUGUAAAGAUAGUUCUAACGACCAAUGCAAGGAUUCUGCGCCUGCUGCUUUAGUCAGUCAGAUAGAGAAAGGACACUAUGCAUGUCAACCUUCAGAGAUUGAUAAAAGGAAACAUCAGGAUUUGAAUUGUGAUCCAACCACUUCUAUGCUUGUAAGUCCUAUCGAUGAAAUAUUACUUUGGCAUAAGGCUAUAAGAAGAGAGCUGAACGAUAUAGCUGAUGCUGCAAGGAAAAUUCAACUCUCUGGGGAUUCUGAUUUGUCUGCAUUCAAUAAGAGGCUGCAUUUCAUUGCAGAAGUCUGCAUUUUUCACAGCAUUGCUGAGGACGAAGUUAUAUUUCCUGCUGUAGAUGCUGAAAUCUCUUUUGUCCAUGAGCAUGCAGAAGAAGAGAUUCAAUUUGACAAGCUUAGGUUCCUAAUAGAAAGCAUCCAAAGUGCAGGAGCCAAGUCAUCUUCUUCAGAAUUUUGCAUGAAAUUGUGUUCUCAUGCUGAUCGGAUAAUGGACAGCAUCUUGAGGCACUUCCAGAAUGAGGAAGCACAGGUUCUUCCACUUGCUCGAGAGCAUUUUACUGCUGAAAGACAGCGGGAACUUUUAUACCAAAGUUUGUGUUUGAUGCCCUUGAAAUUGAUAGAGUGUGUGUUGCCAUGGUUCAUGGGGUCACUUAGUGAAGAAGAAGCAAGUUCUUUCCUUCAAAAUAUGCGUAUGGCAGCCCCACCUGCAGAUUCCGCAUUGCUUUUUCUUUUCUCUGGUUGGGCAUGCAAAGGUUGUCCUACGGAUGUUUGUUUAUCUUCAAGUGUUACUGGGUGUUGUUUGACAAGUUCGCUAAAGGGAACUGAAGGCAGUGUUGGUGAAGCAGUCUCUAGAUGCAAUUCUAUGUUUUCUGCGGAGGAAGCUUCUAGUAUUCACGAAGAUAGCGAAGAUGGCAAUAGAAGGCCAGUCAAGCGUAGAAACUUGGCAUCAAUGAAAGAUAGUGUUUCACGUCGCCCUAUAGAAACUGCAAAAGGCCUUGAAUUAUCUUGUGGCAACCAGUCUUGCCAUGUCCCUGGGUUAGGUGUAAAUGGGAAUAAUUUUGGAGUGAGUUCCCUAGCUGCGUCAAAAUCUCUGCGGUCAUCAUCUUUUGGUCCUCCUGCUCCUUCCCUAAACUCAAGUCUUUUUAGCUGGGGAACAGAUGUAAGCGCUACUGAGAAUGGAUGUGAUAUACGACCUAUUGAUAACAUAUUUAAAUUUCAUAAAGCCAUCUGCAAGGAUUUGGAGUAUUUGGAUGUUGAAUCUGGAAAGCUUAAUGACUGUGACGGGGCUUUCCUUCGGCAGUUCACUGGCAGAUUCCAGUUGCUAUGGGGUCUUUAUAAAGCUCAUAGCAAUGCAGAGGAUGAAAUAGUUUUUCCAGCAUUAGAAUCUAAAGAGACUCUUCAUAAUGUUAGCCAUUCUUACACUCUCGACCACAAGCAGGAAGAAAAACUUUUUGAAGAUAUUUCUUCUGUGCUUACUGAGCUCACGCAACUGAAUGAAUUCAUGAACACUGGGUGUGUGUCCAUUGAUCAUAAUGAUGCUUUAAGAAAGUAUAAAGAGCUCGCUCCAAAGCUUCAGGGCAUGUGCAAAUCCAUUAGGGUGACACUAGACCAACACGUUUUCAGGGAAGAACUUGAAUUAUGGCCCUUAUUUGAUAAACAUUUUUCUGUGGAAGAACAAGAUAAAAUAGUUGGUCAGAUAAUUGGUAAAACAGGUGCUGAAGUUCUCCAAUCAAUGUUGCCAUGGGUAACUUCUGCUCUAACGCAGGAGGAACAAAAUAAAAUGAUGGACACAUGGAAGCAGGCUACAAAAAACACCAUGUUCAGUGAGUGGCUUGAUGAAUGGUGGGAUGGAACUCCUGCUGCAUCUUCAAGUGCUACAACUUCAGAAAAUUGUUCUUCAUCAGGGGCCAGUGUAAAUGAAAGCUUGGAGCUAAAGGACAUAACCUUUAAACCUGGAUGGAAAGAUAUUUUUCGUAUGAAUGAAAAUGAGCUUCAAUCAGAAUUUAGAAAAGUCUCUCGGGAUUCAACUCUUGAUCCUAGAAGAAAAGCUUAUCUUAUUCAAAAUUUGAUGACCAGUCGCUGGAUAGCUUCACAGCAGAAGUCGCCACUAGUAACAGCAGCUGAUAAUUCGAAUGAUGUAGAUUUGCUGGGAUGUUCUCCUUCAUUUCGUGAUUCAGAGAAGCAGGUUUUUGGGUGUGAGCAUUACAAGAGAAAUUGCAAGCUCCGGGCUACUUGCUGUGGCAAGUUAUUCCCGUGCAGGUUCUGUCACAAUAAAGUCAGCGAUCAUUUAAUGGAUCGGAAGGCUACAGUUGAAAUGAUGUGUAUGAACUGCUUGCAAAUACAGCCUGUUGGAUCUGUCUGUAGAACACCUUCUUGCAGGGAGUUUUCAAUGGCCAAGUACUAUUGCAGUAUUUGCAAACUUUUUGACGAUGAAAGGGCAGUUUACCAUUGUCCAUUCUGCAACUUAUGCCGUGUCGGAAAGGGACUUGGUACUGACGUAUUUCAUUGCAUGACCUGUAAUUGUUGUCUGGGCUUAAAAAGCCCCGAUCACAAGUGUCGGGAGAAAGGUCUAGAAAUAGACUGUCCCAUCUGCUGUGAUUUUUUGUUCACAUCAAGCGCAACUGUAAAAGCUCUUCCCUGUGGGCAUUACAUGCAUUCAGAUUGCUUCAGGGCAUACACUUGCAGUCACUACAUCUGUCCAAUCUGCAGCAAAUCUAUGGGAGAUAUGUCGGUUUACUUUGGCAUGCUUGAUGCGCUACUGGCCUCGGAGGAACUCCCACAGGAAUACAGAGAUCGCUGUCAGGACAUACUAUGCAACGACUGUGAUAAGAAAGGGAGGGCACCAUUUCAUUGGCUCCACCAUAAAUGUAGCUCUUGUGGUUCAUACAACACCAAGUUAAUUAAGGUUGAUCCUGAUUCCCGCUGCUCAACCUCAAACCUGUGAGCUCGUAUGGGUUGUCGAGGUUUUUAUUUGAUUUAGACACGACAUAUCAGCGGUAAUUCUACCCACUUAUAAAUAUUGAAAAUGAAAAAAAAAAAAAAAAAGGUUCAUCAACCAACAAUAAGAGGCUGGUGAGCCUUGAUGCUUUUUAUGGAUUUUAAAAGUAUGUCAAUGUAGAAAAUGGAAGCAUUCUUGCUUUGAGGUUAGCACAAGCCUGAAUUCUAAUUUUUCCCCCUUUUAAAGCUUCGAAAAAGCUUCUAAACUCAGGCUGAACUUGUAAAUUGAUGGCAUCACAUGGAUAGAGUUUUUGUUGUGGACAAACUCUCCGAGGCGAAGGCUUAAGUUUGCUUGUGCAACAUCGAGAAUUGAAACUGCGUUCAUGUGAGAUAUGAUUUAGAUUGUUAAGCUAAUGUAAAAUUUCUCGGCCUGAUUUAGUUUCUU